AUGGCGAGAUCCUCGUCGCUGACAUCCUUUUCACUAGACGAAGCUGCAGAGAUAUGCGCUUUCCAACAGUCCUCUCCGCUUUCUCUGCGGCAGCAGCCCCCUUCAUCCUCUCCUUCUCCACCAACUCCACCAACAGACAUCUCGCAACCUCAUGACUAUAAUUUCUCCGGCGCAGUUUACGAUGAAAGCACUUCAAACUCGGAGUCGGAAACCCUUUCGCAACCAGAUCACGACGAUGAAGACGGCAUUGACAAUGCCGGCCAACGCGUCUUCUCGGGAUGCUCAUCGAUCUCUUCGUUCCCGACGACAGUCUCACUGCCCCUGCAUUCAAGGCAAGAACAGUCGAGCCCGCGAACGCCUUCACAACGCGACUCGCACGGAUUCUAUUCCUUUGAGCGAUCUGGCGGAUCUCGGCCGGCGACGACCUCCCCGAAAAGCCUCCGCGGUUACCGCGCAGCAUUCCGCCAUCCCAGCAGUGUCAAGGCUCUCCAGAUGAAAGAUGAAGCAAUGAGUGAGACACACAGCGUGAUAAGGCACCAUAGGCGGACUGGCUCCCAGUUGUCGUCAUACAGCCAGAGAAGUCUAUUCUCAGUUCGGACGUCGCCCACUAAAAGAUCAAGCCGAUCCCACCACACAUCUCCACUGAAAGACGGCACUACUGUCAAGAAGGAGUUCCCUCUUAUACUUCUACACUGCACGUUGCUACCACCCAACCAACGGUUCCAGCCCUCGGCUCAAGAAAGUGCAAGCCUCAGCGAACUGUUGCCCGAGGAAUACAAACAGCGGUGGCUCGCUCUACGAGACCGGCUCGCAGAUGUCGAGAUCAGCAGCCGGGGAGUACUGAUACCACACCCUCGCGAAGACUACGGGUUGCUGGAAGAACGACUCCUAGAGAGCUUGGAACUCGAGAAGCCCCGGAUCCGGCACAAUCAUUACUUCAACGCCGGCGGCAGUAGCGUAGACAGCGGGUUUGAGAGUGGGAGCCUGACCGAAGAUGAGGUCGACCUUGAUGGUUUGGGAUUUCUCAGAUGCCCGGACUGUGGAGGACAUCUGCAAGCAGAAGAAACGAGUCGCCGGUGGGAUGUCAAGGUCUUCGCGGCCAAUGGCUUAAUGCGGGCUGGGGCGUGGGCUGCCGCAUGGCAGGAGAUGGAGAAGGUCGACGUGGAAAUCAACGUUUGCCUGCCAGAAGCGAUCUGCCAGGAACUCGAAGCAAAGCUUGCGUUCGCUGACGACGAGGAGGGGGAAACAGGUCAUCUCGACCCUCAAGACACGCUUGUGGACGGUGGAAUGGCAACUUCUCGCGAACAAGAGGUGUACGGCGACUUUAGAACACUUGACGGUGAGAUCGACUCAAGCAAGUUCGACCAAAGACCGCUUGUGGAAUCGGACACUGCGCAUUCAGCGCCUAACCCACAUUCUUUUGAGCAAGCUGCACAGCCUCCACCGGCAUUUUAUGGCGGACGAGUCAGCAGAGAGAGCCGAAAUCUCCUGGUGGGCGUGCUGAGCUCCCUGGUGUUGUUGUUUGCAUUGGCAGGCAGAUCAACAUCCCCGACAGAGAGUCCUGUGCCGGCAUUCCAGUUGACGCCACAGUUGACGGAAGUGGUCACCACUACAUUCACGACAACGAGUGUUGCAAUUUCAACAGCAACUGUGACGGCCUCUGUCGAUACACAGCUUCGAGAGGCCUGUCUUUUGCCAGAAAGGGCUGAUGAUUCGAUAGUGGUAUCGACCAGCGAGAAGGUGACGGAGCAACCCUCCGCACCGCAUUUGUCUAGUCCAGCACCGCCGGAUGCCACAAGGACGCAGGGUGCCAAAAGCGAUCCCGACGCACGCCAAAGCGCCGAGCCAGAAGACAGCGACACUGGGUCCAACUUGGCGUCGGAACAUGAGAGACCAGAUCCGAGCCUUUUGCAGGGUCUAGACUCGGCCGAUAUGGUCACAUAG